AUGGUUCGUCGUCGUAUGGCUUCACCGAAGCCGUCUCCGCCGGUACAUCGUCGUACAUCGUCGCCGAUGUCUGCACGUUCUUCACCAAUACCGAUGCAGACCUAUUCACCGACGACACCGGGUGCAGCAGCACCUGCACAUUUCGGUAUGGCACCUGCAUCGCGUGGCCCUGGAUUGAUGGGGCAAAUGGCUGCAACGGCUGGCGGUGUUGCAAUCGGUUCAGCAGUUGGUCAUGCAGUUGGGAACAUAUUAACUGGGAGCGGUGGUGGUCAUGGAAAUAACGAUGAAAUUGCGCUUUCUGGAAAACAGCAAAUAGAACAACAGCAGCAGUACAGAAGUCCAUGUGAAUUUGAGUGGAAACAAUUUAUGGAAUGUACGGAGACGCAGAAUGACCUCAGCUUAUGCCAGAGUUUUAACGAAAUUUUCAAACAGUGCCGGGCAAAAAAUCCAUGA